UGGCAGGCGAUGCGACAGCUUCAUCCGGAGGCCAUUGCUGCGAUCCAGAGCAAAGCGCUCUUCAGUCAGGCUGAGGAGGUUCUGCUGGCUAAGAUUCUUUCAAGCAGUCAGCCCAAGCUGGAGGUGUUCCAGGAGCUGCUGAGUUAGCAUCCCAGUGUGUUCUAUCCCUCCCGCACUCCCAAGAGCCUGCUGGUGCACUGGCAGCUACUCAAACAGUACUACCUGCUGGAGGACCAGAGUGUUCAACCUCUCCCUAAAGGCAACCAAGUUCUCAACUUCUCUGAUGCUGAGCAGCUGGUGGAUGAUGCUUAGCUAAAGGAGAGCAGGGAUGAGGUGCUGGAGCAUGAGCUGAUGAUCUCUGACCGCCAUCAGAAGAAAGAUAUAAGACAGCUGGAACAGGAGCUACCAUGCUGGCAGGUCCUGGUGGACAGCAUCACAGGGAUGAACUCUCCAGACUUUGACAACCAGACACUGGCAGCGCUGAGAGGCCGGAUGGUUCGCUACCUUAUGAGGUCACGAGAGAUCACCCUGGGCAGAGCCACCAAGGACAAGCAGAUCGAUGUAGAUCUGUCUCUGGAAGGACCUGCCUGGAAGAUCUCCAGGAAACAAGGGGUCAUUAAACUGAAGAACAACGGAGACUUCUUCAUAGCCAACGAAGGCCGCAGGCCCAUCUACAUAGACGGCAGACCAGUCUUGUCUGGCUACAAGUGGAAACUCAACAACAACUCUGUGUGGAUGAUUGCCGGUCUUCGUUUUGUAUUCCUGAUCAACCAGGAGCUGAUCUCACUCAUCAAGGCAGAAGCAGCUAAGAUGAACCAGCAGUGA